AUGACGACCAUAGUAACCGAGGGGCAGUACAACACCUACAUGGUGGUUGAGUUAACCACCAUCUACACCGCGACUUGCUACUACCCCAUCCUCUUCGACGCCUACGAUGAGCCCGACUGUGCCCCUCCUCAAUAUGUCUCGGUUUGGUAUGAUGGCGGCUACUAUUCGCCGGCCAUCUGCCCCCACAACUAUACCAUUGGAUGCACACCUACCAAGACCAUGAGCGCCGGCCAGACCGGCGGAAUUUGCGUCCCUCUAGGCUGGGACUGCGGCAGUUUCCAGAUGCACGCCACCAGCACCCUCGAGGGAGGCGGCACCACCUCCAUCCUCUCACCCUCCGCCCAGGCCACCGGCUCGUCUCCGGGCGGAUCCGGAAACGAUUCGGGCGACUCUGGUGAUAAUUCCGGCAGCAGCGGCGACAAUAGCAACAGCAGCGGCGGAAACAGUGGAGGAGGAGGAGGAGGAGGAGGUAUCUCGCCUGGUGCGGCUGCCGGUAUCGCCGUGGGUGCCGCCUUUGUCGUCGCCGUUAUCGGUCUCUUAGCCUUUUUCUGGUAUCGCAAGAAGCACAUGAAGCCCAAGGCCGCCGCCGCCGGCCAACAGGGUCAAACCGAGGCCCAAGUCGGCGGUGCCAGCGCCGGGGAAAAGCCCACCGGCCAGGAGACGGUGAUCCCCACACCACCACCACCACCGCCGCCUGCGGGGAACAACGUCAACGCGAACACCGGCACCGGCGUGCAGGAGAUGGAUGGAGCCGGAAAACCCGCCGGCAACGGAUUCGGUAUCGAGAACAUUUACGACCCUCUAAGCCCGACGGAAGCUAUGCCCCGCCCGUCGUUCAGACCGGUCCCGCCCAACAACUCGAUGGCCUACGUACCCAACAAUACGGCUACCGGAUUCCCCGGCCACGGCCCCGGCGUUGUUCACAUGCACGAGAUGCCCGGUCACGGCGUCGUGGGAUAUCCGCAGCCGGGAUACCCCAGCCCGGUUAUCCCCAAACCGGUUAUCCUCAACCUGGAUACCCCCAGGCGGGAUACCCCCAGCCCGGCUACCCAGGCUAUGCUGGCUACCCGGCCGAACUGGGGGCGACCCAGCAGCAAGGGAGUCGUGGAGUCUUGCAUCACGCACUAG